GCCGGUGACGAUGGAGGUGUGCCGCUCACGCUACCUUCUGCUGUCCCUCUCUGAGUGCAUCGCAUUCCACCGGCUCCCCAACCUGGAGACAGUUGUCGCCAUAGCCAAGUCGAAGGGCGCUAAUGUCUACAGCUGGGACGAUCGGAGGGGAUUGCUCUGCAUUGGUAGGCAUAAAAGGGUCAGGAUCUAUAUACUGGAUGGUGGUCAUGAAUUUGUGAAGGUUAAGGAGUUUGGUGUAUCCGAUCAGGUGAAGUCUAUGGCAUGGUGUGGUGAAAACAUUUGCUUGGGGAUUGGGAAGGAAUACAUAAUACUGAACAGUAUGACUGGAGCAACGUCAAAAGUAUUCUCUUCUGGAAGGAGCAUUCCAUUAGUUGUUCCUCUUCCCUCUGGGGAGCUUAUCUUAGGAAAGGAUGACGUUGGAGUUUUUGUUGACCAAAAUGGAAAACUUCUACAAGAUGGCAGGAUAUGUUAGUCUGAGGCCCCCAGAUCUAUUUUCAUCCACAAGCCAUAUCGAUUAGCUCGCCUACCUAGGCAUGUUGAGAUACGCUCUCUUUAUGCUCCGUAUCCUUUGAUUCAGACAAUUGUUCUCAGGGAUGUUCAUCUACUUCAACAAAGUAAUAACUGUGCGAUUGCUG